AUCCAUAUAUAUGUUCAAGUUUCAAGAAGAAUUGGUAGAUCUUGUUUCAUCAAGUAAGGUGACAAAAAAUAAACUCCAUGGACUGGUUUUCAUGGCUGUGCAGAACAGGAUUGGACCCCACACUGGUCUAUGAGUAUGGUUCAGUCUUUGCCCAGAAUCUGCUUGAGGAAGAAGACAUUCCCCACUUCAACCAUGAAUUCCUCCAGAGCAUGGGAAUCUCCAUAGCCAAACACAGGCUUGAAAUCCUCAAGCUCGCCGCCAAGAACAAGCGCCGCCGCACUAAACCCAUCUCCCGGCGGCUUCUUCUCGCCGUCAAACGCACCGGGAACUUUCUCUUUCAGUACUUUCGCGGUUUCAGCGAAGACUCUGCUCUCGCCAUUGUUCCUGCAAAAACAGAGCAGAAAACAGAGCAGAAGAAGAGGAGGAAGAAGAAGAAGAUGAAGAAGAAGAUGAUGAUGAAGAAGAACGAUUCUACGUUGUUGCUGAUGUCUUCAUUGUCUUGUAGUCCGAGGAUUAGUAGUAGCUUUUCUGGGCAAAUGGUUUGUGAUCAGAUGAAGAAGAAGAAGGUCAACAAUGGCGGAGGAGGAGGAGGAGAUUGUUGGCCGUCUUCCAAGGUUGAAGAAGCAGAGAUCAGAUGGGAUGCCAUGUUCAAGAACUUGAAGCCAACUUGAAAAGGGUGUGAUUCUUGAUUGAUUGGUGAAGAAAUCAAGGCACGGUCAGGAAUCGGGAUUUGUCAAGACAUAGAUCAGAUGAACAUGAGAUGCGACCGCGGUGGUCAUAUAGAUUUCGGUCUCAUAGUGGUGUGUGAUUUUCGACAUGACAUAUGAUCCAUGUCGUUCUGAUCAUUGUUUUUUUUACUUUUAAAAGUUUGACUUUUACAUGUAAAAAGAUAUUGUUUUGAUAAUUGAUAACUUUAUUUAUAAAUGAAGUAUUUUUUUUAUA